GCGUCCUCACGACAUCAUCGUCAUCGCCUCGAGGUCCUGAGAUCGUCGUCAUGUCGUCGUCGAGUGAUCAGCUGGCUGCUGCACUCAGCGCUGCGGCAUCCAAGCCAUCGCAGAGUAGAGCACAGGCAUACCAGGACAUCCUCGUCUCGCUCCUCGAGCAGCCACGCUCUUCCUUGUCCGCAGAAGCACUCGUCCAAGCUUGCUCCGACUACCUCGACGCCACCGUCUUCUCUGAACUCAACUCGUCGGGAGGAGGGCUCGUAGUGGGACGAAACACUCUUACUGCAUUCGAUGAGGCUAUCAAGAAGGCCGGGCAUGGGGAGGCAGAGGCGAUGCAGGGUGAUGACGAUGACGAAGACCCGUCUAAGCCAGCCAUCCGCGACGAAGAGGUGCAGAAGGAGAUUCUCGAGGCUGCCCUCGCCAAGGUUCAGCCCAGAGUACUCAGCUUCGAAGAGCAGUCCACCUCUCUGCGCCUUCAUCUGGCCGACAUCCACGAGUCGCUCCAGGACUGGUCAUCAGCGGCUAGCGUCUUGCAGGGCAUUCCACUCGAUUCUGGCCAUCGAGCUGUUUCGGAAUUGCAGAAGCUGCGCAUCUACGUCCGCAUCGUGCGUCUACUCCUCGAAGCAGACGAUGCCAUUGGCGCAGACGUCUACCUCAAGAGGGCCAGCAUGGUUGUCCAUCUCGUCCCAGGAGCAAGAUCGGGAUCGAUUACAGGUCCAUCGACUUCCAGCACGACCGCCUCGGCCUCACCUGAGGAUGUCAAGCAGGGCAAACUUCUCGGCCUUCAAUACAAGCUGUGCCAGGCUAGGAUCUACGACUCGCAACGCCGUUUCGCCGACGCAGCUGUGCGCUUCCAUGAGCUCAGCUACAUUGCAGAAAUCGAUGAGCAGGAGAGGACGAUGAUGCUGUCGGCCGCUGUUACCGCCUCAAUCCUAGCUCCAGCUGGUCCUCACCGCUCUCGCAUCCUUUCUACCCUGGUGCGAGAUGAGCGAGUAGCUGCUCUACCCCAGUCCACCAUCUUGUCCAAGGUCUUUCUCGACCAGAUCAUCAGGCCAGACGAAAUCGCUGCGUUCGAGGAACUGCUGCAACCGCACCAAAAGGCCAUGCUCUCUCGCGCCGGCAACGAGCGCGAAGUGAUGAGACUCGAGGAAGAAGCGGCGGCAGCAGCAUCGGCGGAGCCAGCAGCUCAAGGCUCGACUGCAGCAAAGAAGGUCAAGAAUGCCCCGACCACCGUUCUAGACCGAGCAAUGAUGGAGCACAACAUCUUGGCCUCGUCACGUAUUUACCUCAACAUUACGCUGGCCGGAUUAGGAUCGCUGCUGAAUCUCACGACGACGGGUGCAGAGACGAUUGUCCGGCGCAUGAUUGUUCAGGGCCGCAUCAAGGCAGAGAUAGACCAGGUAGACGGCUUGCUCACUUUCCUCGAAAGCAGCCAGAUGGAGCCUACGGCGGGAGGUCUGGGUCUGGGUACAGGAGCAGAGUCGGGUGGAGGUGACGCAGCGGCAGCGGACGACGACGAUGCGACGCCUGUCGGCGAAGGGGAUGGGUUGAUUCGAAGGUGGGACGCUCGCAUUGCGCGUACGGCUGGUGCGCUGGAAGAAGUGUGCAGCAGGAUUGCUUCGCAGUCGCAGGCGUAGGCGGCGCGGCAUGACUGCCAUGCGUAGACUACAAUGUAAGCUCUUCUUAGCUAGCAGCGGCCCAAUCUUUUUCGCGUAGCAAUGACGAGCAAUGGUGGUCCCCUGCUCC